GCAGGGAUUGUUAGUGGUUGGACUGGUUUUUGUUGUCAUUUGCCCAAACACACACAGCCUCGCCCUGUUUGCCCGCAGCCUCUCAUCCCAGGUGCAGACGAGACAGUAGAGGGGGCGGGGCAGUGGGACAGGGGGCGGAGACACAGGCAUGAGCUGCAGAAAAGCGACUAGAACAUCUGAGGCACUGACAUGCUGUUCUGAAGGCAACACUAAAGGACUGAUUCCUGAGCUGCUCUUCUGCAUUCAGGCCAAACCAGUUUUAGGUGUGUCUCCAUGUUGUAGUGGUGGAGGUGGUUGCCAUGGACAGCGUGUUGGAGGGAGCCACAGUGUUAAGCAUCUGUAAACUGGUUUGUUCUCUGCCAUUCCUGCGCUCUGUGGUUACCUCGUCAACCAGCCCCAUCAGCUUCUGCUGCUACUGUCUCCUGGUUUUCACUGACGUAAUCCUAACAGUUUUCUUUAGUUGCUUGCUGAUUUUGGAGCGUUGGCAGAUCGUGGCGUCUUUUACUGGUGACUCCAUCACCUUGGGCUGCCUGCUCUUCAUCUGUCACACUUAUGGUGCAGUCUUCGUCCUGACUUUCCCUGAGAUUAUCGUGGACACUUUAAUCCGACAUCUUCAUCAACAAGAUACAAACAAACAACAAAAUUGCAAGCAAAACAAUGCUGCUGAAAGUUCAGACAAAAAUGAUAAAAGGUCAAUUUUGCAGUACCACAUUGCUGCAUACUUCUGUUGCUUGUCAAUUUGGAUAUUCGGGACUCUUAACAUCAGGUUCAAACAGAAUUUGGAGGAAAUCUGGACGGCAGCGUGUUUGUACUCCACCAAAUCUCUGUUAACAUGUUUACCUAACAUCGUCAGUCCAAUGAUGAGGGUCCUGCCCCCUUGCUGGGCUAUGGCACUGUUGUUUUUUGCCAUAGCUGUUGCUAUAUGCACUUUCCUACAAUGCAAAACACCUAAAGAAACAGCUACUCCAGAUGCUGACACCAGCGAGACACAAAACACCUGCACAAUCCAGAUGUGUGGCAAAAGUGAUGUUGGACUCUCUCCUGAAUACACAGUAAAAAACACUGAACAUAAAGACCAUAAUAGUACAGAGAAAGUAAUCCGAUUGACAUUACCAGAAGAAACAAAAGCUCAAAGUGGAAGUAGCCUGGGGACAGAGGUAAUGAUAGGGGUUGUGUGCAUACUCGCCAUGUUCGUGCUUCCCCUUCAUCUAACAGUAAACAUUCAUCUUAUCAGUGUGAUGGAGAAAACAGCAGAGAGAAGUAUGAAGUAUAUAACAAUGUACAAUUACAUGGACACGACUUAAAGGAACUGCGUGUAGAUUUACAGUCCUACAAUCACAACUGAACCUGAGUUGCCAGUGCCUUAACAUUCAUGUAGUUACAGCUACAGGAGGCAGCCGAAAUAUGUAAGAAUGACAAAAAGAAUGUCUACAAGCUCUGAUUAAUGACUUUUUUAUUUAGGCAGUGAGGAUUCAGAUCUGAGAAAGUCCUUUCAGCCAACUGGAUUUCAGCAACGUAAUGACAGACUCAUGUGAGGCUCAUUCUGCUUUUUGAUUGGAUUAUCAUCUUUAGAACCAAAACACCAGAUUAUUACAUAAACAACUUGGCCAUCAUGUCCAAUAUUUUUUUUAUUCAAGAAGAAAUCAUUAUUCAGUAAUUAAUAUUUUUCUUACAUCGCCUCUAGGAGUUGUGGGCUGGGAACUGGAGCCUCUAUCUCAGUAACAUCUUUGGCCUUUGGCUGGGCACACCCAAACUGUGGUCAGUUUAACCCCAGGGUGGGCCAUCAUCUGCACAGUCUAUCACUCAGAGUUUCACGAAGAUGGGAAGCUGUCACAGGGUCCUUCACAAAGAAAAAUAAUAAUACAGCAAUACCACGUGAUAACAGCACAAGCUCUUAAUAAAACACACUUUAAUAGUCAAAACAGCAACCGCUAUCAAAACAUGUCAGAUUUUACACAUCGACUAUCUGUUUUCUAUACAUUUAGUCACAAAUAUUCACACAUUAAAACACUGGAUACACAAGAGAUUUCCCAAGUACAGAAAAGUGGAGGUGGUGCUCUGCCACAGACCCACACAGAAAACUGUGUAAAACGACUACUAGAAACUGAUAAUGCAAUUAAGUCAUUUAAGGUAUGAAUGAAGCAUAAAUCCUAAUGACGGUGCAUUCGAAAUAAUACAUUUGACAUUUACAUUCACGGGUUUCAGACUGAGGACAAACUGAGAUCUCAUGUACAGGCCUAAUAGUGAGUCCAUGUCAGGAGUUGAGCCUGUUCAUGCUAGUUGGAUACCAACUAGCAUGAACAGGAGCAAAUAGUAAUGUGUGGAAACAUCUGAAAGCGCUGAGCAGGCAGGUCGUGGCGUGCUCCUUAACAAAACUCACAGUGCAAUAGUCGUUUUGCAUUUGUAAGAGCCACAAUGGAUCCCUCCACUGAGCAAACAGCAUUGUGAAAGAAUGAUUAUCAUGAAUAGAGUCAUUUUAUGAAGAAACACUUUGAACUUGUUACUUCUUCUUUAGUGACUUUAUAUAUCGGAAAUGAUCUUUCACAGUUUUUUGUAAAUUUUAUUUCACUUCCAGUUUUUGGUGAAACAGAGAUUUUCAUGUGGUCAAACCUGUGGCUUAAUCAAUCAUCAAGGGUUGGGCAGUUUUAAUGCAGUGUUGUCUGUCUGAUGGGUUGGUCAUGUUACAAAUGUGUUUUCCUGUUUUAUUUGUCGUCAAUUAAAUGGUUAUCCAGUUGUAUGACAUCUAUUUAAUCUCCCACAUAAAAAAAAAUAAAAAAACUGCCACUUCUCUGGUAUUAAUGUGUGCAAAUGG